AUGAGCAGCAAAGAAGACCCGAGCAAGUGCUGUCCGGCGGCUGCUCCCAUCUCCAGUUUCACCAUCCAGUCCAUCCUGGGCAGCGGCAGCGCCGAGCCCCCCCGGGAGGCGGGCGGCAGGGCGGCCCCCUGGCCCGCCCGCGGCCGGACCCUCUCCCUCUCCUCGGAGGACGAGGAGCCGGAGGAGAGCUGGAAGCACCGAGGCUGCUUCUGCCCCGAGGCGCACGGCCCCGCCGAGGCGUGCCGCAAGCACCAGCCGCUCAGCUUCACCUGCCUCGGUGAGUACCGGGGACGGGACGGGACGGGACGGGGCGGACGGCCCAGAAGGGGAUGGCUCUCCCCGGCGUCGCAGGACUGUAAGGAGGAGAAGGAGAAGCCGCUGGGACCCGCCUCGCCCUCCUGCGGGGACCGGCAGCGCGACGGCGGGGACCGGCAGGCCGGCGCCGCCAAGAAGAAGACGCGCACGGUGUUCAGCCGCAGCCAGGUCUAUCAGCUGGAGUCCACCUUCGACAUGAAGCGCUACCUGAGCAGCUCGGAGCGGGCCUGCCUGGCCUCCAGCCUGCAGCUCACCGAGACCCAGGUGAAGACCUGGUUCCAGAACCGCAGGAACAAGUGGAAACGGCAGCUCUCGGCCGAGCUGGAGGCGGCCAACAUGGCCCACGCCUCGGCGCAGACUCUGGUGGGGAUGCCGCUGGUGUUCAGAGACAAUUCCCUCCUCCGAGUGCCGGUGCCCCGCUCCAUCGCCUUCCCCGCCCCUCUCUACUACCCCGGCAGCAACCUCUCGGCCUUACCGCUCUACAACCUCUACAACAAGAUCGACUACUGA